AUGAGUAAUUAUAAUUCUAACCAUAAGUUUUUGGACAUGUUUAAUAAAAAAAAAAUAGUAUUUUAUUUUGGUUUUUUCACUUUAAUUAUUUUUUGGUUUAUUGGAAUUCGAAGUAGAGAUGCAUCACAAUAUCAAAUUUUAAAACAAACAUUGGAACACACAAAAGAAGAAUUAAAAAUCAAAUCUAUAAAUUACAAUAUUUUAAAAGAAAGAUUUGAAAGUAUAUGUGAUAAAUGGCAGCCAAACAUUCCAGUUAUAUAUGCCAUCACACCUACCUACAAAAGACCUGUACAAAAAGCAGAACUAACAAGAUUGUCUAAUACUUUCCGUCUUGUAAAUAAUUUCCAUUGGAUUAUUGUUGAAGAUUCUGAAAUGAAAACAUCACUUGUAGCCAGUUUGCUUUAUAAAAGUAAUUUAAAUUAUACACACUUAGCCAUAGGAACACCAGCUGAAUGGAAGAGAAAAUUAAAAGAACCGAAAUGGAAGAAACCUAGAGGAGUUAAACAACGAAACAAAGCGUUAGAAUGGUUAAGAAGUAACAGAGCUAAUGAAAAUGAUGAAGGUAUAAUUUAUUUUGCUGAUGAUGAUAACACAUAUAGUGUUGAUUUAUUUAAUGAAAUGCGAACCAUAAAGGGUGUUGGUGUUUGGCCAGUUGGUCUUGUUGGUGGUCUUUUAGUAGAAAAACCAUUAAUAAAUAGUAAAGGUAAAGUAAUUGGUUGGAAUAGUGCUUGGAGACCAGAACGACCAUUUCCUGUUGAUAUGGCAGGUUUUGCCAUUAAUUUAAAACUUUUACGUAAUCAUCCAAAUGCCGCGUUUUCAUGGGAUGUCAGUCGAGGUUUCCAGGAAACUGCCAUACUUUCACAAGUAACCACUGUAGAACAAUUGGAACCUAUGGCAGAUAAUUGCUCAAAAGUGUAUGUUUGGCAUACAAGGACUGAAGAACCAAUACUAAAAGCAGAAGAAAAACUUAAAAACCGUGGACUACGAUCAGACAUGAAUAUUGAAGUUUAA